AUAUAUUCAAAUGCUUGCGUCAUCUUCGAUUCCCAAGGCAAACUCUGCUCCCAUAAGCCAUAACUGAAAAGGAAAGGAAACGGCUAGCCCAUUCCCCUCUUUCUGUCUCCACCUCCCACUGUCUCUCUCUGCCGUCAGAGGAUUAUGUCAACCGCCGCCGCACGCCUCCGUCGUUUAGCGGCGGCAACAGCUAUCGCCGCCGCGUCUGGUGGUGCGAUCUUCCUGACGCCGUCGGUGUCCGCCAGUGACAGGGGAGCGGAAGGUCUCUCUGUAGACGUGAGAAACAAAAUUAGAGAUCCUACUGCUGUCGUCCCAUCGAGGACUGUACAGAAAUCCGCUUUGAUUGGCGCCAGCGCCGUUAAUCCGCUUGAUAUCCUUGUGAUCGGCGGUGGCGCCACAGGCUGUGGCGUCGCUCUCGACGCCGUCACCCGUGGUCUCCGCGUCGGCCUAGUUGAAAGAGAGGAUUUCUCUUCCGGUACAUCCUCUCGGUCGACAAAGCUAAUUCACGGAGGAGUUCGCUACUUGGAGAAAGCUGUCUUCAAUCUCGACUAUGGACAACUGAAGCUUGUAUUCCAUGCACUGGAGGAGCGUAAACAGGAUCACACUUGUUACAUUUGUCCAGAUAUUAUUCUGCACAGGAAUCUGUUGAGCUCUUCCCUACUCUUGCAAGGAGGGGUAAGGACAGGAGCUUGAAGGGUACUGUUGUGUAUUAUGAUGGCCAGAUGAAUGACUCACGACUUAAUGUUGGGUUGGCAUGUACUGCUGCAUUAGCUGGUGCAACAGUGUUGAACCAUGCAGAAGUUGUUUCCUUUCUAAAGGAUGAGGUAACUCAGCGGGUCACUGGUGCACGCAUUCGGGACAAUAUAACAGGUAGCAGGAUCAUUCUUGCAAGU